AUGCCUACCAUUCGACGCUCGCAGACCGAUUCUGUUGCCGUCAAAUCAUGUUGUCGCAGCACUGAUCGUCCAACACUACCACGAACAGAACCACCACCAGAAUACGGCAGUCACAAUCAACGCCGUAAGACAGAGAUUCUGGAUUCCGCACAUAAAGACACUCUUAAAGAAGUAGGGCGACGAAGGGAGAAAAGGUGGGGUGUCAUCUUCACCUGCUUGACCGUGAGGGCAGCGCACAUUGAGUUAGCCGAAAACCUCUCAACGGAUGCGUUCAUUCUGUGCCUACGGAAUUUUAUUAAUCGUCGCGGCACCCCCGUGAGAAUCAGGAGUGAUAACGGCACGAAUUUCAUCGGUGCCCAAAAGGAGUUGAAAAACGCUGAACAACUAUUCGACAUCGACCGCAUACAAGCAGAGGCCGCAAAUAGAUAUAUAGAUUGGAAAUUUAAUUGCCCGUCCAACCCCAGCGCUGGUGGCUGUUGGGAGCGGCUGAUUAGAAUCGUGAAGUCCUUGCUGAGUCAUACGCUGCGUGAAGUGGCGCCGAGAGUCGACACCCUACAAUCUGUACUCAUUGAAGCUGAGAGUAUUAUAAACUCCCGCCCGCUAACGGACUUGCCUUUGUCACACGAAGACGAUGAGCCACUCACACCGAACCACUUUCUGAUCGGGUGCGUUAACUCAACUCAAACCCCUCAUCCGGUCGAUGAGAAAAUUUGUCUGAGGAAGCAGUGGCGAAUAGCGCAGAAUCUCAAAGAUCGCUUGUGGAAACGGUGGACCACGGAAUAUUUGCCUCAACUCAUUUGUCGCAGCAAGUGGAGGGAGAAAGCGAUCGCGUUGCAAAUCAACGACUUAGUGCUAAUAUGUGAGCCAUCUCAACCACGCACUCACUGGCAGAAGGGUCGUGUUACGAAGGUCUUCCCCGCAAAAGACGGCCAGGUUCGCGUAGCGGAAGUGAAGACAAGCAGCGGACUUUUACGUCGUCCUGCCACACGCCUAGCUCGGCUAAUCGUAGAAGGUGAAUCUCGGGAAGAUUCACGGGGGGAGGAGUGUUGGGAACCCUGUCACUAA